ACCAUCAUUGAAUACUCUGUGGUAGACUGCUUAGACGUAAGCACGUGCAGCUACGAUUUUUUUUAAAUUAAAAGAAAAAUUCAACCCAACAUCGAAUUUCCAAUUCAAGAGAAAAUAUUUUAGUUGUUUUAAAAGUGCAAAAUAAGCAUCCAGAAUCGAAAAACCAAAAAAAAAGAGAGAUAAACUUAAAAAAGAACUGUGUUGAUAUUGUACUCGCUGGUCUUUUACUAAUGAAUGAAACGAAAUCUUGAAUGGAACAUUGACCGGGGCAUCUGAAGUUUUGGAUCCAGAACGAAAAUAACUUUUGGACAAUUUCGUGAAACUGGUUCAACACAAAGAAACAAAUAUUCAACGUCAGUGACGCCGGCAGAAAGAAGAGUAACAACAUCAACCGAAAAUAUUUACGAUUCAUAUUUACAGAAUAUAAUACAAAAAUUUGCUCCAAAAUGUGGAGCUCCCACAGAGAUCCUACGAGGUUGUGGGAUCUAAAAACCGUUUAUAUAAUCUCUAGUUUUAUGAUUAAUUUAGUAUUAGCUGGUAACGAAAUAUGGCCCCUAGAUCGACCAGAUGGAAUGCCAACGAUAAAUUCUUUAGAAGUUAUGUGCGGUAAGGAUCACAUGGAUGUGCAUCUAUCAUUUUCAGCCCCAUUUGAUGGUAUUGUGAGCUCCAAAGGUCAACACAGCGAUCCGAGAUGUAUUUAUGUGCCUCCAUCAUCGGGAAAGACAUUCUAUGCAUUUCGGAUAGCGUAUGCACGGUGUGGAACAAAACCGGAUUUAAACGGUCAAUUUUAUGAAAAUACCAUUGUUAUUCAAUACGACAAAGAUUUGCUCGAAGUUUGGGAUGAGGCAAAACGACUACGAUGUGAAUGGUUCAAUGAUUAUGAGAAGACCGCAUCGAAGCCACCGAUGGUUAUUGCUGAUUUGGAUGUAAUACAAUUGGACUUUAGAGGCGAUAAUGUCGAUUGUUGGAUGGAAAUACAAAGUGGUAAAGGUCCAUGGGCACCCCCUGUAAGUGGUAUUGUUCCGAUUGGAUCCACCUUAACUCUUGUUGUGGCUAUUAACGACUACCGAGGUGAAUUUGAUAUGCGUGUAAAAUCGUGUGUUGCGUCCGAUGGUGCCGGUCACGUAAUAAAUCUGUCUGAUGAGUAUGGUUGUGUUCUCCGUCCAAAAAUGAUUUCGCGAUUUUUGAAGGCUCGCGCUCCCGAUGAAAAAGCAACAGUUAUAACUUAUGCAUUUUUCCAUGCUUUUAAAUUUCCGGACGCUUUAAGUGUGCAUAUCAAAUGUAAAGUGGAAAUUUGUCGACACGGUUGUUUAGAUCAUUGUCAAGCGACCGGAAGCAAUGAACGUCAUGAUAUAGUUGAACAAGAACUGAUUGAACCGGCAAUUGAGCACGAAAAUAAUCGUUUGGAUGUCGAUCAUCAUAACGCAGUUCAUGACAAUAUCGAUCAGGACAGUGACAUCAUCGACGACGAAGAUGAGGAAGAAACAUCAUUCUAUGAUCAAAUUGCCGAAGUUGUUGGUUUGAAGAGCAAGAGUAAUUCAAAGGAUGUGUCCAGUAUAUCCGAAAAGCAACAGCAACAACAUCAACAUGGACCAAUGUUAGAAAUGCAACCGCAGCAUCAUCAUCAUCAUCAACAACAGCAGCAGCAGCAACAACAGCAGCAACAACAGCAGCAACAACAGCAGCAACAACAGCAGCAACAACAGCAGCAACAACAACAACAGAAACUUCAACAACAGAUCCACCAACAGAUUCAACAAAAAAUUCAGCAGCAAAAACAAAAUGAAGAAAAACCAUUACCACCGCUACCACCACAACCACAAACACAACAAACUCAACAGCCACCACAAUUUGUUCGAACUGAAGUUGAUCAACCACAGGCUCAGGCACAGGUUAAUGAAAUGUCGAUGAAUCCACAAAAUCUUGCAUUACAGCAACCGACAUCCGUUGCCCCUGAAGCACAUCAAGUACAUGAAGUAUAUGAAGAUAAUAUUGAUGAUAUUUUGCCAGAAGAUCCACCAAUGCACGAAAUGUUGCGUCAGGCAUAUCUUGAGGCGAAACAGGCACAGGCAGAAAAGGCAGAAAAAUUCCCGCAGGGACCACGCCACCUUGGAAAAGAUCGAAUGGGUUUGCCACCAAUGGCUGGACCAAGAUCAUUAAAUCUUGGCGAAGAAGUUCGUCCAUUUUUCCGCACAUUCACAGCCGCAAAUCGAACAUAUCGGGCUCGACACCGACGAUCCGUCGUUGUGUCCGAUCGACAAGCACGAAGCGCUGAUAUUGGUGUGACUGGUGUAUUUGAUGUUAUUUCGGAAGCUGAUUUGGCAUUCAGUCCACGUGAAGGAAAACAAGAAACUGAAACUGUAUUCCAAGGUAAAAUCGCAGAAGAAGUUGUGUAUGGCAUUUGUAUGCCGGUUCCGGGCUUCAGUGUUCUAUUUAUUUUGGUUACAUCGGCAACCGUUGUAUCUGCUCUCAUUGCCGGCUCGCUACUCUACCGCUAUCAACUGCAGAAGGCUGCUUUUGAAGCACAAAACAACAGUAUGAAUCCCCAUACAUUUGCAUCUUGGAUGACCCUUCGACUAUUUCGCAUGAAUAAUAUACAUGCGUGCGAUGCCGGUGUUGGCAAUCCCGGUUUAACAACGCCACAGUAAGAAAACAACGCAACAUUUUCUGUAAACAUAAUAAAAGAGUCAUGCCACCAAAUUAAAAUUAGAAUUUUCAUGACUUUUGACUGAAUAUCUGCAAUAUUAACGCAAAUGAAAGCCAGAAUUUGCCGGAUGAAUAGCAGUAAAAAAAAACGACAUGAAUAUUAGGAUUGAAUAGCAAAACCGCCAAAGCAUUUCACUCUGGCCAAUCACCAGUUUAUUAUUUUUCAUUUAAAAUGUCAGAGAGCAAUAGAAAGAGGAAGAAAAAGCAAUAAUCAAAAACUAAAGAGAUUAAGCCCGGCUUUAACAAAAUAAAAAUAAAAUUGAAAGAAAAUCCAUUAUUCAUAAGCAUAUAAUAAAGUUUUUAAUGCUUUCAUAAGAUUCAUAUUCGAUAUAAAAACUAUUGAUGUUGUUAACAUUACGUUUGUUCUGCCCAUAGAUCGUACAUAAUUUAUUUAGUUGUAGACUUUAUAUGAAUGAAUUUGAUAAAAUGAACCUCUUCAAAUAUAAAAAAAUUGAAAAAGUGUACCUAUCGAGUUGAAUAAUAAUCAAACAAAAAGUUUAAAAGAAAGCAUUGUUACUAGUCUUUCGUGUGAAAAAAAAAAAAACAUUGAAGAUGCUUCAUUCAUUUGCAAAAAU